UAAAAUCUUGUACAAAAAGCAACGCAUUGUGAUAAGUUGAUUGUGGCUGUGCAUUAGAAGUUGCUGUUAGUUGCUGUAGAAUGAACUGCAUCAAAACUACAUUCGUCCUGUGUGUCCUGUUCGUCAUACCCAUUGCAUCGCAAGAGGUAGACAAUACAGCGGAGCAAGGCGAGAAUUUCGAGGGAGACAUGAUUCUAAACUCCGAACAAAAGAUGGCCACGGAAGGCAGCUUACGAAAUGUGUUUAUUGCCAAGAAAUACCGAUGGCCUAACAAUACCCUCCGCUAUCGAAUAGACAUCGAGAGUUUUGAUCCCUCUCAGAUCGAGCACAUUCACGAAGCCAUGGCGACGAUUGAGUCUGUAUCAUGUGUGAAGUUUGCCGAGGCCGGUCAAAACGUUAAAAAUUAUGUUAAAAUAGUCGCCGAGAAGCCUGGAUGUUUUGCGACCCUGGGAUACCAUGGAUCUGUGCAAGUAUUGAACCUAACUCCGAACAGAGUGGGAUAUGGGUGCUUUAGGUUGGGAACGAUCAUGCACGAGUUGCUGCACGCGUUGGGAUUCGUCCAUCAGCAAAGUGCAGCCAAUCGAAACGAUUACGUGAAGAUCCUGUGGAAGAACAUCAUACCGGAGCAGAAACAUAACUUCAAGAAGUAUGACUAUUCUAAAGUGACGGAUUUCAACCUUGGGUACGACUAUGGCAGCGUAAUGCACUACAGUGCGCGUUCCUUCAGUAAGAACGGAGAACCGACGAUCAUAACGAAAGAUGACAGCGUAACGAUCGGGCAGCGCCAAGCGCUUAGCGAGAAGGAUAUUAUCAAGCUUAACCGAUUGUAUAACUGCAAGAGGGACGAUCAAAGUUAAUGAUUUAGGGUUGCAUGCGACACUACGAAGCCCUUGUAACUUUCUGAAUAAAAAUCUUUUUUGUUUAAUUUUUCAGACAUAUUAAUAAAUAGGACUUGAAACUUUAUGAAUAAAAAUCAAAAUAAGCAAACACAAA